CUAGGGACUUCAUAUCCCAUAAUUCCCACUUCCGCUACCUAGCAUGUUGACAGACAGCAGAAGUACUUUAGUUUCGUGCAGCUAGCUGCAGCAGCAGUUACAUGAGUGGAGGAGACGUGGACUGAAACUCGAAAGCCGUGGAAAUGAGAGGUGCGUGUCCCCGCCGGAAGUAGCAGGGAUGGAAGGAGAAACUGUCAAGGCGACCGUGUCCUGGGAGAACGGUCUGCUGGCCCCUGUGGACCGGCUGCGCUCGGACAGGGCGGACAGCCCCACACCGGGUCUGGUGGAGGGGACGGAACCAGGCGCUGUCCAGCAGAGUGCUAUUUUCUAUCACACACAGUCCUUCGAAGACCUGACCGCCCAGGCUGAAGAAGAAGCCCAGAGGGCGCCAGAAUCAGACGGUUCAGGGGAACACGUUGAAGAGGAGUUCAACGCCCUGGUGGGGGAAAAAAGCGCCAAGGAGCGGCUCAACAGCGACGCCUCGUCCGAGAGCAGAACCAAAGAGGAGGACGUGUCCAGCGAGGCGUGGAGGAGCCACAGAAAGCACGUGUUUGUGCUGAGUGAGGCCGGAAAGCCGAUCUACACCCGCUACGGCACGGAGGAGGCCCUGUCCAGCACCAUGGGGGUGAUGAUGGCGCUGGUGUCUUUUGUAGAGGCGGAGAAGAACAUCAUCCGCUCCAUCCAUGCAGAUGGCUGUAAGGUGGUUUUCCUCACCAAGAGUCCUCUGGUCCUGGUGGGCGUGACCAAGAGCGGUCAGUCGGAGAAGGAGCUGCUCCGGGAGCUUCAGUACAUCUACUACCAGAUCGUCAGCCUGCUCACCCUCACCCAGCUCAACCACAUCUUCCAGCACAAGCAGAACUACGACCUGCGCCGCCUGCUGGCCGGCUCCGAGUACCUCACCGACAACCUGCUGCACCGGCUGGAGCGCGACCCGGGCCUGCUGCUCAGCGCCGUCACCUGCCUGCCCCUGGCCAGCUCCGCCAGGGACGUGGUGUCGUCCAGCCUGCAGGCGGCCAAGGCCAAGAACCUGGUGUUCUCCAUCCUGCUGGCCGGCGACCGCCUGGUCACCCUGGUCCGCAAGAAGGACCAGUUCCUGCACCACAUAGACCUGCACCUGGUCUUCAACCUGGUCGGCUCGUCUUCGUCGUUCCGGGAGGGCGAGGGCUGGACGCCCAUCUGCCUGCCCAAGUUCAACACGGCCGGCUUCUUCCACGCCCACAUCUCCUACCUGGAGCCCGGCUCCGAGCUCUGCCUCAUCCUGGUCUCCACCGACAGGGAGGACUUCUUCAACAUGUCGGACUGCAAGCAGCGCUUCAUGGAGAGGCUGAGUAAGCGCAGCGCCUACCAGGCCAUGAAGGAGGCGCUCAAGUGCCAAAGCUACUCGGUGGUGCAGGUUGGAAUCCCCGAACUGCGGCACUUCCUGUACAAGUCGAAGAGCUCGGGCUUGUACACCAGUCCAGAGAUACCUGAGUUGUACCAGUCUGAUGAGGCGCAGGAGAGGCUGAUGGGACUCUACCAGGACCUUCACAGCUGGUUACACCACCCGACCAGACCGCUGCGCUCCUUCUACCGCUGCGGUGAAGCUGAGAACCUGCUGGCCAUGGUGACGAGUGGCUUUGAGCUCUACCUCUGCUUCAGUCCGCUGGCGACUAAGGCCCUGGCAUAUUCUGCUGUAAACAAGCUCCUAAAGUGGAUCCGGAGGGAGGAGGAUCGCCUCUUCAUCCUGAGUCCUCUCACAUACUGACCCCUUGCUGCAGAGAUGGACAACUCUGUCGCCACCUACUGUCAUGGUGCCAGCAGCCUCAUGGGACAAUAAAACCACAAUCAUCUCACCGUAGACAAGUUGAUUGUCAGAGCUUUGCAUUUCAAGAUUCUGACACUCCCCUGAUUUAAUUCCUUCAUUUGUUAUUUUACAGGCUUUGCUAUAGAAGUUGAAUUAAAGCAGCAUUUUACUUGGGAAGAUUUUAAAUCGUUUUAUUUUGAACUAAGAGAGGCUACUGCAGCUUGAGAGAGAAAUUGUUUGUUGUGAAAGUUCUUAAUAAUAAAGACUCCUUUCACUGUAACAGAGCCGUCAUGCUUCUGAAAGCACAACAGUUUUUUUUAAAGCUGUAAUUUAAUUUCUUAGGAACUUAAGAGUAAACAAAAAAAAAAAACAGCCUUUGCAAACGUGGCGCUAACAAGCUGCAGCAACACCGUUUUCUGUCUUUGAAGAUCCAAGGCUGUCGGCCACAUUCCUGUUGAGCCCCGUCGAUUCCAGGAAACGCUGCCGUUUCCCCGUCUAUGCACUGCUAUCUUCUAAAGAAACGCUCCAUGUAAGAGACUGGAAGCUGUUCACUGUGUUUUUAAGCUUCUCGUCGUUUUUCUCGAUGUAAACUGUUCCAGUGUUCAAACGCUAACGUGCCGUUUCAUUCCUCUCACCUGAGAAAUCACCUUCUAAUGCAUGUGCCACACCACGAGAGUCCUCUGUGUUUUACUACAUCUGGUUUUGGGGUUUUUUGCCACUAAGCACGCCUUAACUAAUUCGUUUUUGUGCAAAAGCUGAUAAUUUAUUGAAGCCGCAUUCUCCGAACAAUUGUGUGUUAAUAAAUAAGAGACCAAUCCAA